UCUUAUGGCAAAAGUUCACCCCUCCUCUUCUUCUUCUUCUUCUUCUUCUUCUACUUGUUGUUACAUGAGCGCGAAAAGGGAGAUUUUUACUAUAUGGAUGAAGUCCCUAGUGUUGAAUGGAAAUGGUUGCACCGUAUACGAUUCGAAGGGCCAAAUAAUAUUCCGCGUCGACAACUAUGAUUGCAAGUGUAGUGGCAAAGUGUAUCUAAUGGAUCUUAGUGGCAAGGUCCUCUUCAAGAUCCUAAAGAAGAAACUAUUCUUUGGGAGAUGGGAGGGCUAUAAGUGGAAUGGCCUACACCAAGAGGCAAAUCCAUGGUUCAAGGUUAAAAAACCAUGUAGAAUUCUCAAAGGAUCAAGUGAACAACCAUACUGUGAAAUUUGGAGCAAAAGUGGGCAACUUUUGUGCUACAAGAUCGAUGGAUUUAGUAGGAAAUCGUCGCCUUACAAGAUCGUCGAUAAUUUGAGUGGACUCGUCGUCGCGGAGGUAAAGAGGAAGCAAACAAGCUCAGGAGUUGCAUUGGGAGAUGAUGUAUUUAGCUUAGUGGUUGAGCCCAACAUUGACCACUCACUUAUCAUGGGGCUUGUGAUUGUACAUGGGCUCAUGAAUCACAUCUUGUAAAAAAGCAUGAGAAAAUCAGCUUGCUAGAGGAUCUUUUUUUCUCUCUCUUUUCUUUUUUUUUUUGUUUUUCCUUUUUCUUUUCUUUUUAUUUUUUCUUCCUGUUUUGGUUUUUUUAGGAGAAAACUUCCAUUAGCCUCAUCGUGUUUAACAUAUUUUCACUUUGUUAUUCUAUGAUUUGAACUACAUCACUUUGCCCUUUUUUAUUUUGGUUUUGUUUUAUCACGAUGGCAAGAU